AUGCCAGGAGGGAAUGUUCACCCAGCUGGUCCGAGGCUGAUGACGUGCACUGCCGCGCUUCUCCCCGCAGGGCGAGUCACCAAGACGAAGGACGGGCACGAGGUGAGGUCCUGCAAGGUGGCGGACAAGACGGGCAGCAUCACCAUCUGCGUGUGGGACGAGAUCGGCGGCCUCAUCCAGCCGGGGGACAUCAUCCGCCUGACCAAAGGGUACGCAUCUCUGUGGAAAGGAUGCCUGACACUUUACACGGGACGAGGAGGGGAGCUGCAUAAAAUUGGGGAGUUCUGCAUGGUUUACUCUGAAGUGCCAAACUACAGCGAACCCAACUCGGAACACAUCGGGCAGAACAAAUUGGGUGAACAGAAUAAUAUUUCUGCACCAAGUGGUAUGGGUACUUGUACUUUUGGGCCACUGGGAAAUGGUUUACAAACUGGACCUGAAGCAAGUGGAUUUCCAUUCACGUAUAACCACGGCCACAUUUAUGCAGGUAGUGGGAGAGGCAAUGGACGAGGACCUGUAAAUCCAGCACCAGCUAAUAGUGUUCAGCCUCUUCCCCCUGCUGUCAGUAACGGGAGGGACCCACGCAGGGCCUUUAAAAGAUGACUAUGCCAAAUGUGGUUGUACAGCUUGCUUAAACUCUACACUCUACUUGAACACUUACUGCACUUUUAUUUAUAGUUAACUGUGAACCAGUUUGUCCUUUGGUUUUGUUUUUUUUCACCUUUUGGUGUAUGGAGCAAACUUGAUGUGAUCUAUUUCUUGUUUUGCAUCAGGGAAGCACAGUGAGUCUUCCCCGUAUGUAAAGGGGGUAGGGGGAGAAGGUGGAUACAAGGAAGUAAGGGUCACAGGUGGAAGUGUCUCAAUGAAAACUCUGUGCCCUUUGCUAACCAGAAGAAAAUUUCGGUUACAUACACGUAUUUCUGUUGGUCAACCAUGUAGCCUUAAUAGGUCUACUCUGUCCUGUGCACGCAUGCGUUGACUUCCGCUAGGGAUAAUGGGAGCUCUUCCAGUUGGAAGAGAAAUGAAGGGGAAGAGCAAAAAUGCUCUGGUGAGCUUGGUGUCCUGGGAAUGAGCAUGGCUUGUGAAAGCAAUAAGUGGAAGGAAGUGGUGGUGCCAGACUUAGUGGUGUCUCUGGAAUCAGAGAGUGGAUAGCUCCGAUCAAAGCUAUGGUGAGUGUCUUGAAGCUUGAUUCUGAUUCCAGAAAGGUGUGCACUACUUGAAAAAUUCUCUCUAAGCACCAUUAUCACUGUCAAGGAAAGUGACACUGAUUUUUGCUUUGGAUAGAAGCUUGGAUAUUUGUUCUUGCUUUGCAUGAGAUAGCAGAACAGGAGGAUCUAAAUUCAGACAGUGUUGGGGAAUAUGCUUUUUGUAACCUUCCCAUGCGUAAAAGCCCAAGGUUACUUUGCAGGAGCCUGAAUUUCCAGGAGUGGACUGUUCUCAAAUGCUGCAUUACCCAUCUCUUCAAUGAGUCUGCCUACUCCCCCUUCCUUCAUUCACUUUUACGAAUAAAUUAUGUAUUAGAUGAAGCUGUAUAUGUGGAUUGCAGAGGUACUGGCCAAGCACACAGCGGCACUUCUGAUGCUGUUAAGCUUUCCUUCCUCUGUUUUAUAUGAAAUAGGAAUUAUCCCAUGAAGAGCCCCCUCCAUAUCCUGGGGGGUAAAUAGCUGGUUUUAUUUCUGAGAUCACAAAUGCCUUGACUCUAGAACAGAGUCCAGUGCCAUAUUUCAGAUCAGGUUCAAAAACAACUCGGAAACUGAGGUGUCAUACUGGAUUCAUCUGUUUAACUCUUCUUAACUGACCUCUCAAAUAAAAAAAAUUGCACUAACCACAUCAAAAACAAAUCUAACUUUCUUUCUGUCAAGCCAUAAAGACUUCAUGACAAAAGGUUGUUUCUGAAUUGUGAGUUGUCUCUGUGGUCAUUCAUGUUCUUUGGAUCUACCGAUGUGUUACUAAUGUUUACAAGUUGUUUACAUUUGAUACUUCUUGCUUUUGGUACUCUUUCAUGAUAUGCUGAAAAUUGCUUCUAAUUGGUGCAAGUUCCCUGCUUGGUGUGAAAUACUGAACCUUCGUUUGAAAUGGAAGCUUCAGCAAGAACAAAGCGCUGAAGGGAGGUUGAGAGAGACCUGUGUGCCCAGACACCUGAGGGCUGUUUGUUUCUACUCUGGUGAAGUGCUUUCCUGGUACUUGCAGGUGGAACUAGUGAAACUUGUUUUGGACAAAAGAGGGUGGCAUGCCUCAGGAGAUCCCCUCUGGGUGCUGCUGUGGAAGAAUACUGCUCACUGGUGAAGCAGAAAGCAGUAAUUCCUGGGGAAAUGGUGUAAAGAGGCCACCUGUAACUCAGGGACUUCAAAUUGCUCGCAUGUUUAAAUAGAUGUGAUGUAUAGUCUAGAUGAAUGGACAGCCUCUUCUGCAGUGUUGCUUUAAGACAUUUGAUAUGCUUGUGAGAAGGAAGCCAGGAGGACUUCUAAAGGCAGGAAGUACCUGUGCUGUGUUCCAGAGGUACAUAAGAUGUAAGUAUGGUGAGAGCCGUGCUGCACAGUCAGUAGUAGCUGUAAAGUCAGCUAGUGAACAGUGCAGGUGGUGGCAUGGUGGGGACUUUGUACUCAUUGGAGUUACCUCCAGUGUGGAUCUCAAGUCCUGGGGAUCUUCUCUGUGGCACAAAGAAGUUAAAAUCAAGGGCAACCCUGUGUUAGUGUGUGCUGAGGUGCCUGAUGUUUGUAGCUCUGCAUCUGAGCCUUUAUUAAGCUAAUAAACAGACAAUACUUCACAUA